ACAGCUGGGCCCGCAGAGGCGAGGAAGCUGCGGCGCCGCGCCGGCACUGCACCAUGGAGCGGUACGAGAAGCUGGGCAAGGUCGGGGAGGGCUCCUACGGCGUCGUCUUCAAAUGCCGCAACAAGGACACCGGUCAGAUCGUGGCCAUCAAGAAGUUCCUGGAGUCCGAGGAGGACCCAGUGAUCAGGAAGAUCGCCCUGCGGGAGAUCCGCAUGCUGAAGCAACUGAAACACCCCAAUCUGGUGAACCUGCUGGAAGUGUUCAGGAGGAAACGCAGGCUGCAUCUGGUCUUCGAAUACUGCGACCACACAGUUCUCCAUGAGCUGGACAAGCACCCCCAGGGGGUGCCGGAACAUCUAGUGAAGAGCAUAAUCUGGCAGACCCUCCAAGCUGUGAACUUCUGCCAUAAACACAAUUGCAUCCACCGAGAUGUAAAGCCAGAAAACAUCUUGAUAACAAAGCACUCGGUCAUCAAACUUUGUGACUUUGGAUUUGCUCGCAUACUGACUGGUCCGAGUGAUUAUUACACAGACUAUGUGGCUACCAGGUGGUACCGCUCUCCGGAGUUACUUGUGGGAGACAACCAGUAUGGACCUCCUGUAGACGUGUGGGCAAUAGGUUGCGUCUUUGCAGAGUUGCUGUCUGGGGUCCCCCUGUGGCCUGGCAAGUCUGACGUUGACCAGCUGUACCUCAUCCGGAGAACCCUAGGGGAUCUUAUUCCCAGGCACCGGCAAGUGUUCAGCACCAACCAGUUCUUCAAUGGGAUAAGAAUUCCAGACCCGGAAAGCAUGGAGCCGUUAGAAAUGAAAUUCCCUCAUAUUUCAUACUCUGCUCUAGCUCUCAUGAAGAGUUGCCUUCGUAUGGACCCUGCAGAGAGGCAGACCUGUGAGCAGCUGCUGCAGCACCCCUACUUUGACAGCAUUAGGGAAGCAGUGGAUAUGGGCAAAGAACAUGGAAAAGCAGCUCGGAAACCAACCCGGCUGACUCAAAAGCAUGUGCCAGGGUUACAGUACCUGCCUCAGUUAACCAGUAGUAAUGUACUACCAGCGUUGGACACCAAGAAGUACUGCUGCAAAACGAGAAAAUCAAACUAUCAUUUCCCUAACAUCUAAUUGGAUGGCAAAUUAAAAACUAUUCACUGAUCAAAGUUCAAGUCAUUUCACAAUUUAUAAAAGGAAUAAUGGUGGAAAACAAAAUUACUGCUUGUUAGGACAUACACAAAAGUGGUCUGUGACGUACUCUGGGUCAGUAACAGAAGUGAUGCACAGAGAGAACUCCAAGCUCCUGUUAGUCAGUGCUCUGCGUACCAAGGAAAAUACAUUUAAUUUGCUUUAA